AAUUUGUCUCCUGUUGGCCGCCGUACUUAAACUCAUAACAGGCGGUUUGUUCUGCACCAGAAACUAAAAUGUCCCGGUUUGUUGUGUUGUUGUCGGCGCUGCUGGCCGUCUGCAGAGCCGGUGUGUGUCCGUGUGAGAGGCCGGAGCUCUGCCAGCAGAUCCGGGAGGAGCGAGACUUCGAGGUGUUUGUGUUUGACGUGGGAGGAAAGACGUGGAAGUCCUACAACUGGAGCAUGGUGACCACGGUGGCCACGUUUGGGAAAUACGACGCUGAGCUCAUGUGUCACGCUCACUCCAAAGGUGCACGAGUCGUCCUCAAAGGCGACGUCCCGCUCUCCUCCAUGGUGGACCGAGACAACAGGACGGCGUGGAUAACGGACAAAGUCAGCCUGGCCAAGAGUCAGUUCAUGGACGGGAUCAACAUCGACAUCGAGCAAGCAGUGGAGGAGGAAUCAGCGGAGUUCUACGCUCUGACAGACCUGGUUAAGGAGACCACCGAGGCCUUCCACAGGGAGAUCCCAGGCUCCCAGGUCUCCUUCGAUGUCGCCUGGUCACCCAAAUGCAUCGACAAGCGCUGCUACGAUUACGUGGCCAUCGCUGAAUCCUGCGACCUGCUGUUUGUGAUGUCCUACGACGAGCAGAGCCAGAUCCUGGGGGACUGCAUCGCCAUGGCGAACGCUCCGCUCCAUCAAACGCUGAACGCUUAUGACCAGUACCUGGAUCUGAAGAUCGAUCCAAAGAAACUCGUGAUGGGAGUCCCAUGGUACGGCUACGACUACCCAUGUCUGAACCUUUCCCAGGACAGGAUUUGUUCGAUAGCUAAGGUUCCUUUCCGUGGAGCUCCCUGCAGCGACGCUGCCGGAAGACAGAAACCGUACAAGUGGAUCAUGAAGCAGGUGGACGGGUCUUUGUCUGGCAGGAUGUGGGACGACCAGCAGCAGGCGCCCUACUUCAACUACAAGGACCAGAAAGGACAGAUCCAUCAGGUUUGGUACGACGACCCUCAGAGCAUCUGUCCGAAGGCGGAGUCUGUGAGGUCUAAAGGACUGAGGGGCAUCGGCAUGUGGAACGGCAACAUCUUGGACUACGGCGACGAACCGGUCGCCAGGCAACAGACCGAGAUGAUGUGGAAUGCCCUGUUGGGAUGCUAACCGGGAUACGCUGAACGUCCCUGCAGAAAUGUACACCGCUGCUGUUUGUUCCCGAGUGACGAACGCUCGCACUUUAUCGCCGUCGUCUCACACAUUCCUCUGUGCUAACUGAAAUAACUGUGAAGAGAAACUGUUGUUUUUUACAGGACUUUUGAUUGAGCUUCCUGAUUUAUGCACUUUACUGUUUCUAAUGAAUAAAGCUUUUUCUCAUUAA